CGGCAGCUUCAGACGCCACAAAGUACUUGAAACUGCACUUGCAAUUUAGAGUCUAAUCUACCAACAUGUACAAUAUGUGAGGUAUUUGGAAUUACAGUAAUCUGCCCAUUAACACGUCAAACAGAGUGAACUAAAUAAUCGUUUGGUAUGAUAUCAUGGAAUUAAGAAAUAAAUUUUACAAAUUAACUUCUCAUUAUAAAUCGUUAGGGCAGCCACUGUUUAAAAACUUUCACCACGGUGAGUAAGUGACUGAACACAUAUAGAUCAUUGAUUUUUUUGCGCGACUGUCGGUGAUAUAUUAAUACGUAGACUUUGUAAUUUAACAGUAAUCAACAACGCGUGAAAAUAUCUAGGCCUUUAUUUAAUUAACAAAUGUGAUUGACUUCACGAAUAUCUCAUAGGCUAUUAUUUGAUAAGCAAAUAUGGUCAUUGUAUCACGCCCGCUUCCUUUGUCUAUAGAAUCGCAGGAUAACAUUUUUGUAACGAUGUCCCAGUAAAAUCACCAGAAUGGUAUACAUAGCAUGUUACGACCUCAUAAGUGACUAACCUGCGGUACGAUUUCAGGCCGUUGACCUUUUAACAAAAUGGCGGUUUGGUUAUAGUUUUAUACCUUGUCUGGGCACCAGUCAACGAUAAACCAAUCAUAACCAGAAAUUUAUCAAUAGAACGUUGCUUGAUUAUAUGUAAACACUUGUGUACUCAAGGUAAAAUGGAACAGGAAAUUUUCUCGUCACAAAUUCUCUUACGACGACCAUGAAAACAAUGUUGCUGUGACCAGUAUUUACGGACUGAUUAUUACGACUGUCUAAUAAAAGUUGAAGCUUUAACACCAUGUAUAAAUUGCACGUUGUAACUGAAAAUUACUCAAACGAAUUGUGAAGGACUUGAGAUUAAUUCGCAUAUUUUCGCGUUUCGAUGAGUUGUGAUAUUUCGAAUAAGAUGCUGCGAUUUUAUGUCACCGUAUUCUUCAGCAUUUCAGCAAUGAUACAUCAGAUUAAAUGCGAAACAGAAUGCAACUAUACAAAUCCAAUCACCAUCUUUAUUGAAGAGUCUGAAAUUACUGUUAUUGAAAAACAAGAAUCUUCAGUUCUGAUGUCGGUCUUGGUAAAUCGAUCGCCUUCGCACGUGAGCGUUGAGGUCGAACAUGAAAACCUUGUCAAAGAAGCAAUUGCACCAAACCGUACAUGUUGCGCAUGCAACUAUUUCUUCCAAGCGGAAGUGUCAAAAAAGGCGAAAGGUCCCUACAUUUACACAUUCACAGCAAGGGAAUUGCUUUUGCCUUACGGUCAAGUCAGUUCUGAAAUAAAGCUCGACGUUAUAGAUCAACCAUUGGAUCCGAUUGGCCAAGGAGUUAUACCAAUCAUCAUUCUGUUCUUUGUUAUAUUGGUUAUGUUCGUUUCUGUUGCAAUAAUAUUAUGCUGGAAAUGCAGGUACGACUCUGAUAUUGAAGGCGCUGAAUUCCAUAAUAUAGAAGAAAGGAGAUAUCGUGGGAAGAGAGAAAGUACAAAAAGCAAUUUGGAGCAAGAAGUGUAUUCAAUUUUUGAUGAUUGAACAAUAUUCUAACAUUAAUACUGUAUAAUAAUGUGAGGAACAUAGCAUAAUGAUGCGUAUACAGAUUUUGCCAACGGUAAAAUGAUUCCUUAUUGUUUAUAGUGUUGUUCAAUAGGGAGAAUUAUUUACUAUAUAUAUAUAUCACCUCAUCAAAAUUUACUGCCAUGAAUCAAACGCCAAGGACAAUUUCAUCUUUGUUAUCCUAAAUCUCUCACUAUUUUAAAUAAAUAUACGGGAAUAUGUGAAAAUUUAAUUACGCUUGUAACUGUGGCUAUAAAACCUAGAUAGUGUUUUCUUUUUCGAUUUGUCAUUUUUAUUUCUACUACCUUAUCGUGACAUGUAUUAUUUCUCACUGUAAAAUAAAUUUAUACGCAAUAAAUCCUGUUUAAACCAAUACUAUUUAUUUAAAUCAAUAUCAGUGACCUGUUAACGAUCAGAUUUUAACUGGGUCAAUGCAAACAAACUGUAUAGAGUGGAGUUUACCUUGGAAAAGUGAGUAGGUUUAUAAAA